AUGGAUAAGAAAGUUGAUUGGUUGUAUGUUACUGUUAAAGAGGGUAAAGGAUAUAAGGCUAGUUACAAGAAGAAGGAGAAGGAGAAGGAGAAGGAGAAGGAGAAGGAGAAGGAGAAGGAGAAGGAGAAGGAGAAAACGGAGAAGGAAAGUAGAGAAUGGAGAAGGAGAAAGGAGAAGGAGAAAGGAGAAGAGAAGAGAGAAGAGGAAAGGAAAGGAGAAAGAGAAGAAGGAAGGAGAAAGGAGAAAGGAGAGGAGAAGAGAGAAGGAGAUGGGGGGAGGAGAAGGAGAAGGAGAAUAGGAGAGGAGAAGAGAGGAAGGAGAGAAAAGGAGAUAUGUGUAGAAGAGAAGAAGGAGAAGGAGAAGGAGAAGGAGAAGGAGAAGGAAGAAGGAGAAGGAGAAGAGAAGGAGAAGAGAGAAAGGAGAAGGAGAAGGAGAAAGAGAGGAGAAGAGAAGAAGGAAGAAGGAGAAGAGGAGAAGGAAGAAGGAAGAGGAGAAGGAGAAGAGAAGGAGAAUGGAGAAGGAAGGAGAAGAGAAGGAAAGGAGAAGGAAAAGGAGAAGAGAAGGAGAAGGAGAAGGAAAAAGAAGGAGAAGAGAGAAGGAGAAUGGAGAAAGGAGAAGGAGCAGGAGAGAGGGAAGGGGGGGAAUAGGAGAAGGAGAGGAGAAGGAGAAAGAGAAGGAGAAAGGAGAAGAAGAAGGAGAGAAAGGAGAAAGGAGAAGGAGAAGGAGAGAAGGAGAAGGAAAGAAGGAAAAGGAGAAGGAGAAAGGAUGAAGGAGAAGGAAGAAGGAGAGACGGAGAAGGAGAAGGAAGAAGAGAAGGAGAAGGACGAAAAGGAGAAGGAGAAGGAGAAAGGAGAAGGGAGAACGGAGAAGAAGACUUUCAUCUUGGUGCCCUUGAAUUCAACUUAUCAACAUUUGCUGUUUGCGAUGCUUCCUGAAGUCAUUGGUAUUUUCUUAUCUGGUGCAACAAACAGGGUGUACUUUGCGUCAGACUUCCUGAUGCAGCAGGUCGUCGCACGAAACACCAAUGAACUUCACCCAAUCGCCUCACUUCGGCAUGCUGUGCAGAGUAUUGUUCUCGCCUGCUAUCGGCGAGUGAAGGCACUUGCGAGGCUUCGUGCUACGCGCCUCCAGGAGAUAGUGGGUCGUGCGGAGUGGAGUGUCUUGGCGAGCGAAGUGCCGUGCGCGGCCGCGCCGGAUACCCGAGUGCCGGCUGAGCUGCGGUGGCGGGGGCCGGGGGACGGGGCACGGGCCCGGGGCAGGGGGCCGUGGUGGCCGGUGCCCGUCGCGGACUCCGCGCCGCACUCGUCGCCCGCCCGCCUGCCCGCUCGGAACGCCCGCCGCCGCCGCCGCCGCUCGACCCACACCAUCAACAUGCCGAACUGCCCCAAGUGUCAGAAGCCCGUGUACUUCGAACCAGGACAUUUUACUUCGGAAGUUUCUUCAUAUGGAAAAAUCAAUUUUUUGCGUAACUUUGCCAUCCGCACGCUGGCCGCGCCCUGGCAGCUCGGAGCGAAUUCAUUUGCGCGUCGUGUCGCGUCGCGAUCAGGCUGCCUCACCCAUCCACCGUCCGUACUCGCCUCCGCGCAGCUCACCGUGGACGCGCCCGCCCACGCCGCCGCCGCGCCGUUGGCCACGUAA